AAGCAGCUGGGCAGGGGCUGUGCUCCUCUGGGUGGCUCAGGACGGUGACUUUUCUCCAGGACUUGGGCCUUGCCGCUGCACUUUAGGAAUAAGCCAGGCUGGAGAAGAUGGGGUCUCACCUUCUAACGUCCUGUCUCCAGAGCUUGGUGACCUUCCCUGAUGUGGCCAUGAGCUUCUCCCCAGAGGAGUGGGCAUACCUGGACGUUUCUCAGAAGAAGCUCUACAAAGAUGUGAUGCUGGAGACCUACGAGCACCUGCAGGCAGUAGCAGAACUCAAGCCAGAAAUCCAUCCUUGUCCCUUCUGCUCUCUUACCUUCUUCAACAAGAACUUCCUCAGUCAUCACAUGAAACAAAGUCAUCCCUCUUGGAUCCUCCUGGGAACAUCUGCAAGAAAGCACCCUCAAUCAGAGAAUUCCCGUCCACGUGAUCAGAACCAAUGGUGCCAGCAUUCAAAGAAUGACACACUUGAAAGUCAAAAGCAUGAAGAAAGCUCCAUACAUUUGGCUAGUAGGAUGAAGCAUAGAAGAAAUUCAACAGUGUUUCCUAGACUGAUGAACAGCCAAGUAGGUAGCGCUGGUAAACAGAUGACAAUGGAGGAAGACAUUAACACAGGCCUGAAAGAAAAUCCAAAGGACACAGAUGGAAUAGUUCCAGAGAUAGACUUGCCAAUAAUUUUAAGAGACAAGUAUGUAAGGCCUGAGCAAGGCUUCAAUGAUGGAUCAAAUCUCAUCACACAUCAAAUGACUCACACAGAGGAGAAGCCCCAUGUUUGUAGAGUGUGUGGACGAGGCUUUGGUCAGAGGUCAGUUCUUAUCAGACACAAGAAGAGGACACACACAGGGGAGAAGCCCCAUGUUUGCAGGGAGUGUGGGCAUGGCUUCAGUGUGAGGUUAAGUCUCAUCACACACCAGAGAACACACACAGGGGAAAAGCCCCAUGUUUGCAGGGAAUGUGGACGUGGCUUCAGUGAGAGGUCAAGUCUCAUUGCACACCAGAGAACACACACAGGGGAGAAGCCCCAUGUUUGCAAGGAGUGUGGGCGUGGCUUCAGUGAGAGGUCACAUCUCAUCAGACACCAGAGAACACACACAGGGGAGAAGCCCCAUGUUUGCAAGGAGUGUGGGCGUGGCUUCAGUGAGAGGUCACAUCUCAUCAGACACCGGAGAACACACACAGGGGAGAAGCCCCAUGUUUGCAAGGAGUGUGGGCGUGGCUUCAGUAUGAGGUCAAAUCUCAUCGUACACCAGAGAACACACACAGGGGAGAAGCCCCAUGUUUGUAAGGAGUGUGGGCGUGGCUUCAGUGUGAGGUCAAAUCUUAUGGCACACCAGAAAACACACAGGAGAGAAGCCCUAUGCAAGGAGUGAGUUGUGUGGCUUCAUUCAGUUCACACAUCUCAGCAGACACCAGAGAUAACACAUGGAGGAAGCCAGAUUGUAUAGUCACACCAGACGACAUAGGCAAGAAGCUCCAUAUUUGCAGGGAUUGUGUGCAAGGCUUUACUCUGAAAUCAAGUCUU